AUAACCACGACAUCAUCUCGAUGAAGCUCUACCAGCUGAUGGUGGAACACACCCCCGAGGAGGAGAACCUGGACUGGACCAAGAUCGAGCCCAGCGUCAGCCUCCUCAAGUCCCCUAAAGACAACAUCGACGAUCCCACCGGAAACUUCCGCGGCGCACCGCUCACCGGCUGGAAGGUCUUCCUGCUUCUGCUGUGCGCUCUGCUGGGGAUCGUGGUGUGCGCCGUGGUGGGAGCCGUGGUUUUCCAGAAGAGACAGGAGAGGAACAAGAGGUUCUACUAGAGGAGAACCUCAUCCAGAGAGGUGUUUGUCGUGGAACGAACUGUUUCCAGACGACGGCACAUUCAAUGUGAAUUCUUUCCUAAAGAUUGUACAAAAUGUUUAUAUCUUUUGAAGCACUGCGUUUUGGAGUGAGAUGUGGUAACUUGUGACGUCGGUGAGAAGGUGCAAAGAACUAGUGGCGCCCGUCAUGAUGCUGUCUUUGUCCUCCAUGUUUUCUUUAGUUCCAGGGUUAGAGUAUAGACCUGCUGUCCUAAACAAACUUCAAAGAGUUUCUAUUGGUUCCUCUGCUGCAGACGUGACGCUACAAAAUGGUGAAUUAGGCUGUUUUACCUUCGUUGAAGGAAAGUAGCUUCAUACACAACAUCGGAUAAAAACAUCGUGGGAACAGGAAACGUCCACAUUAACGUCUGAAGCGUUGAGCUGGAGGCCUUAUUGAGUGACUACACGUGAAGCACAACUUCUUCCUGUUGCGUCUUCAGGUCUGGUUGUCGGUUACGUGAUUGGCUAACGUAGCGUUUCUCCAAAAAAUUAUGAUAGAACUUUGCGUUGCAGGCCGCCCUGUUUUUUGGGGGUUUGCGUCCCCUCUGGUCUCCAUCGCCGCCUCCCAAACACGUUUGUUUAUUUCCUUUUCUGUGUUACCGUCGCUCUCAUUUUGACAUUUAAAAAAAAAAAUACAAUUUGGUCUGUUAGCGACUUUAAAAUGACAGAAUGGAUUCAAGUUGCUGCUCUCCGUGUAAGACAUUCCCCAUAGAACAGAAUGAAUGCUUUGGCUCUGUAGGAUUUUAAAUGAUGGAAACGGUAUUCUCAUGAAUACGUACAGCUGUGUUUCUCAUUGAACCACCUGAGUCACACGUCAGCACUAUGAUGUGUGUGUGUGUGUGUGUGUGUGUGUGUGUGUAUAUAUAUAUAU